UCUCUCUUCAAAAAAUUAUGGCAUAGUUUUUGGCGCCCCCACCCAAUUUGUCCUCCUCUCAUUACUUAUAAGCUCUUCAAUACUAUUCCUCUCAAUGCACUCUGUUGCAUAAUCUUCUACCCAAGAUUAAGGUACCCGUUUGACAGUCAAAAUUGAAAAUGGGAGAGGUAACCAACGUCAGUGAGUAUGAGGCAAUCGCAAAGCAGAAAUUGCCAAAGAUGGCGUAUGACUAUUAUGCAUCAGGAUCUGAGGACCAGUGGACUCUGGCUGAAAACAGAAAUGCUUUUUCCAAGAUUCUGUUUCGACCUCGUAUUCUUAUUGAUGUAAGCAACAUCGACAUGACCACUACUGUUUUGGGGUUCAAAAUUUCCAUGCCAAUCAUGAUUGCCCCAACAGCCUUUCAGAAAAUGGCUCAUCCUGAAGGUGAAUAUGCUACUGCACGAGCAGCAUCAGCAGCGGGAACAAUUAUGACUUUGUCAUCAUGGGCUACUUCAAGUGUUGAAGAGGUUGCUUCAACUGGACCUGGAAUCCGUUUUUUCCAGCUCUAUGUAUACAAGGACAGGCAUGUAGUUGCUCAGCUAGUGAGAAGAGCUGAAAGGGCUGGGUUCAAGGCAAUUGCUCUUACAGUUGAUACUCCAAGGCUGGGUCGCAGAGAAGCUGACAUCAAGAACAGAUUUACUUUACCUCCAUUUCUAACACUGAAGAACUUUGAAGGUUUAGACCUUGGAAAGAUGGACAAAGCUAAUGACUCUGGACUUGCUUCAUACGUUGCUGGUCAAAUUGAUCGUUCUCUUAGCUGGAAGGAUGUACAGUGGCUUCAGACAAUCACUAAACUUCCUAUUCUGGUCAAGGGUGUUCUCACUGCUGAAGAUGCAAGGCUUUCAGUACAAUCUGGAGCAGCUGGGAUCAUUGUAUCCAAUCAUGGUGCUCGACAACUUGAUUAUGUGCCUUCAACUAUCAUGGCCUUAGAGGAGGUUGUCAAAGCUGCGCAAGGACGUAUUCCUGUUUUCUUGGAUGGUGGUGUUCGUCGUGGAACAGAUGUCUUUAAAGCAUUAGCAUUGGGUGCCUCUGGAAUAUUUAUUGGACGCCCUGUGGUGUUCUCUUUGGCUGCUGAAGGAGAGGCUGGCGUUAGAAAAGUACUCCAAAUGUUGCGUGAGGAGUUUGAGCUAACCAUGGCAUUAAGUGGAUGCCGUUCACUGAAAGAAAUCACCCGCAAUCACAUUGUGGCUGACUGGGACGCUCCUCGCCCUGUACCCAGGUUAUAGAGACAAAUCUUGAACCGCUGGUUGCCUGCCUUUGUUUCUUGAAUUAGUGAAUUACAUCUCUACAUUCUGUAAUGGUAAUGGAUGGUUGAUAUAAUACACCCAUGGCUACUGCUGCCUUCACUGUAUAUUCUUUUCAUAAAAACAGAAAUGUAUUGAUGAUGACAUAAUUAUUGCAACAUGAUUUCUUUACUUGGUUUGGUUAUUGAUAAGG